GAACUGUCAACUAUGGAGCAGUCGAUGCGCAUUACUUAGCAUUUACCAAACGCAAACAUUCAUUCACCAGCCACAGUUCGUCGCUGUGUCGUGGACAGUGUUAUUGUGCGUGUUAUUCUUACGUACUCGAACAAUUCGAAGAAGGCAGUGUGUGAAACUCCCAUAAUGUAACUGAAGAAAAGUGUUACUAAAAACAAUUCUUCUUCUAAUUCUUCAGUAACGCCGAAAAUUUUUUAUUACUUUCUAAUACGUAUUUAAUUUUCCGCGUGUGUCUCGAUUCAUGCUCGCGCCAACAAAACGUGUGUGUGUUUAAAUAUUAAUUUUAUAGUUGUUAAAGUACACUCGACAUGACAAUAUCAUACGCCGGUGAAGUUCCAAAUGGCAGCAGUUUUGGUUGUUUUUGGCGAAUCCUGUGCAAAUGGCGAGGAAGCGUUUACAAACUAGUAUGGCGGGAGUUACUAGCAUAUCUAACAUUAUAUUACACGAUAAAUUUAUUAUAUCGGUUUGCCAUGACAGAGCAACAACAAAGGAUGUUUGAAAAAUUUCGACAGUACUUUGGUGCGCAAAGUGAAUCCAUACCAAUGUCCUUCGUGCUUGGUUUCUACGUGAGUCUCGUCGUGAAGAGAUGGUGGGAGCAGUACAAAUUACUGCCUUGGCCGGAUACGUUAGCCCUCUUCAUAUCAGCUGGAAUUCCUGGAGCGGUUAGUAAAGAUGAAACUGGGAGAUUGAUGAGAAGGAACAUAGUACGAUAUGCAAUAUUAGCAUAUGUGAUCACAUUACAGAGGGUAUCACUGAGGGUUAAGAGACGUUUUCCGACGUGGCAGCAUGUAGUUGACUCUGGGCUGAUGCUUGAAAGCGAACGGAAAGUGUUCGAAAAGAUGGAUGGAAAGAGUCCCAUGUCUAAAUAUUGGAUGCCUCUUGUUUGGGCAACAAACAUUAUCAACAGAGCGAGGAAGGAAGGUCUCAUUACCAGUGAUCACAUUGUGCAAACACUCCUGGUGGAGCUGUCCGAUAUAAGAAGGCGUUUGGGCGCUCUGAUUGGUUACGACACAGUGUGUGUGCCUCUUGUAUAUACACAGGUUGUGACUCUUGCGCUGUACACAUACUUCGUAGCAGCUCUAAUGGGUCGUCAGUUGGUACCACCAGCGUCCGGAAGUACCUCUAAAUACGAACCUGAUGUAUACUUUCCAUUGUUCACAGCCUUGCAGUUUUGCUUUUACGUGGGAUGGUUGAAGGUAGCUGAGGUGUUAAUAAAUCCAUUUGGAGAAGAUGAUGACGAUAUUGAACUUAAUUGGUUGAUAGAUAGGCAUAUUAAGGCAGCCUAUAUGAUUGUUGACGAGAUGCAUGAGGAACAUCCGGAACUCCUGAAGGAUCAAUAUUGGGAGGAGGUUGUUCCCAAAGAUCUGCCAUACACAGUGGCUUCAGAACAUUACAGGAGACACGAACCGCCGUGUUCUGCCGAUCAUUAUAAAGUGAAGGCAGAAGACGCAGUGUACGCUAACGUUCAAAUACCAAGGAAAAGUCUAGAUGAAACCUAUGCAGACUAUGAAAGCGUAGACACUCCCCUUGUCGAACGACGUAAGAAUUGGUUCCAAAGGCAAAUAUCCCGAAUGGGAUCAGUACGAUCCGCAUCCACGGCUUAUUCUUCUGGUGGUUUGUUCGCAAGGAACCGCCACAAUUCUGUUGUAUAUUCUAGUCCUGAGGCUGGCCAGGCUAAUAUACCUACUGCUCAUCAUAAAAUGUCGCUUUAUGAUAGACUAGUUGGGCGAAAAUCUGGACGAGGACAGCAUAGACAGAACUCCAAACAUGGUCCAAAGAGCAAUGGUUCAGCAAUCCCAACAACUCUACGUAAUCGCCCUCGCAUACCCACGCCAGAUGUUACGAAGGAAGUAAUGGACAGAGAGAACCGGUUCUCAAUGGGUAUGCAGAAUAUGGGUGUGAUCAUGGCCCACCAGGGCUAUCAGAAUGAGGUUCCUGUCCUUGGCGCCCUGGUUCUGUCUCCAAUACAAGAGCUAGACAGUGGUUCCGUGAACAAUACACUUCAUGCUGGACAGCCCGGUACCACAGCUCUGGCUCAGGCUGUUCUCUCGCCAAACUUAGCUCAAAGUUUACCACCAAUGUUGGCAGCAGCGCCUGUAGUAUCUUCGAUGACACUAACACCAAUGAGUGUGUCACAGUUGACAAUAGUAAAUGGUUCUCGACCAACGACGCCGAGAACCGACAGAGUUGCCUCACCUGAUGCCACUAGAGCAACGAUUACAGAGAUACCGUCAGAUAAAGACAGCGAGCAUAGCGAUAACGGGACGCAAGAGAUUUCAAGAAAAUCUAUUGGAUCCAGACGGGGAGAAGUCUAUGUUUGAAGCUUUUAGACGAAACAUUUAAAGGAUUAAUUAGACUAGCAAGAGUAUUGAGAUGUCGAUCAUCUUUGAAAAAAAGCCUAAAACGGAGGAAACGAAUCAUUACCUUAUUGUUUUGGCCUUCAGACUUACAUAACAAGAAAAAAUUGGGCAUGUAUAUAUCAGCCUUUCUAGGUUCAGACUGAUUUUUAAUUAAUUUAUUUCAACAUUCCAUAAAAAAGUAUGAUUCUAUAAUAGGAGGAUUUAUUAAAGACUAUCUAAACGGUAAUUUGUCUUGUAACUAACUAAAAUACACUAUCAUAUUGUAAAAGGGACAAAAUGUUAGUUAUGAAGAUUUCUGAUAUUGAUUUCUGGUAUAUAGUAUUGCGAUCUUAACGACGUUACAUAAUAAGAUUUGUCUUCCACAUGCAAAUGGAGUUUGGUCGGCAUGAUGACUUCUAAACUAAAUUUGUUUCUACCAAGAAGAAAAAAUAUACAAAAAUACACUAGCAGAUGUUUAAAUCUGUUUGUUUAAUUUUAGCUUAUUAUUGUAAAUAAAUAGAGAAAUAUUUAACAAUAUUUAUGCAGCAGAAGAGGCGCUGUGAAUAUUUUUUUAAAUUAUACUAUACUCGUAUUAAUAAAACAGAAACCUCAACCGCUGUCUGGACAAAAUAUACUAAAAUUACUGAACAGAUUUUGAUGCGGUAUCAAUAACAGACGAAGUGAUUUACGAGAAAGGGUUCUAUAAAGUAAUUUCGGAAUCGAAUUUUUGAUAUUUCGUAUGAUUUGGAGCAUUCCUGCUUCCACAUGUUAUAGUUACACACAAGAUCACAAUUUUUAACUUCUUUGACCUCUUUUCAAUUCUCCCUUUUGACAGAUUCUAAAAAUCAUCACAUUUAGUUUUUUUUACUAAGUUAUUACUAUUCUUAAAUUUGUUUUUGGAAAGUCAAGACAAAAAUAAAGCAAAUUUAAUUAAUCCUUUUUUAAGAAAACAAUUUCGUUUUAUACAGUAACAUUACUUGGAUCACAUAAUAAGCUUCGAUACUGCCGAGAAAUCCUAUUAAAUAGAGCACUUUAUCCCGAUGUAUAGAAUCUUUAUAUCUAUACACAUAUAUAUAUAUAAAUAAAAUUAAAUUCUUUAAAAUAACAGGUUUUUACUAAAUGCGUUUGUUUGUUUACACGGUGCUUACUCUAGAAAUAUCUAUAAUAUUAUUUUCUGUCUAUUUAUUCCAGCGCAUUUUAAAUGCUUGAUCAUUUUUGUUAGAGCUUUUAGUAGCAGAUUUUUAGUUAAAUCUAUGGGAAGUUAUUAACCACAUUAAUAAUAACUUAUGAAAUGGUGGAUAUUAUCCUAUUUAGUGGUCUAUUUUCGGAAGUGAACUCGCGGGAAGCCCAUCGUAACAAAUAAAAUCUCAGUGCUGUUACUUCGGCAACUAAUUAUUUUAAUCAACUUUUAAUAUUCAAAAACAGUUACUCCUUCUUUAAAUCUUGACAGGUUUAUAUCUUUCACAAUGUAAUGUAAGUAUCAUAUCAUGAACUUUUGUUCAAAAAAUAAGCCCGCUUUCUUUCCUGCGCCCAUUCUUCUCAGGGAUCAGGCAUACAUAGAUUUUUUUAUCAAAACUCUGACAGUUAAAUAAAUCAAUCAUUAGCAAAUCAACAAUUAUGCAGCAUUUUAAACACAGAUAAGUUGUAUGGUAUAAUGCAGUUAUGUUGUACUGCUGAACUGUACAAAGUCUUUGCCAUUUUAUGACUUAUUGUUAGGAGACACGAACUCGGACUUUAAAAGAGCGAAAUUAUCACAAUGACUAAACACAACGGGGAAAAGUAUCCUCGAUUUUAUGAAGAGUCCAGCUUACUGAAGUAAAGAUGAAAAGUGGAGUCAAAGUGAUCACAAACUAGUAUCCUAGAAAAUCUAGUCCAAAGUAAAGCAAAAAAGCAAUUGUGUGGUCUUAUGAAACCACAAUGCAAGUGAAACUUUGUUUCACAAAAUAACAUUAAUAUCAGUAUAAUAAACGAAGAAAUAAAUCAAAACCUUUACUUCUUUAUAAAAAUUUAAAUGUAAUGUGAUAAAAAACUUUCGUCAGGGGUGUGGGGUUCGAACCUACUCACCUUCUCGGGAACUAGAGCUUAAAUCUGGCGCCUUAAACGGUGCGGCAUAUCUGACUUUAAAGCAGUAGUUGAUUUUAAUGAUUUAACCCCACCCCUACUACAUUAUAUAUAUUUUUCACCUUAAUACAAUGUGUUUGGGGGAAGACAAUUAAAAAGACAGCAGGACCGGGAGACACGACUCACUGGUAGGAGUUAGAAGAGGUAUUUUACAACGAGGAAAACUGAAAAAUAUUAUAUAUAGUCAGUUAGUACCUAUGUAUGUGAAUAGUAUAAAUUCUAAAUUAGUUUGUUAGUUAAUUCUCUAGUCUUCAAUAGUAAAAACAGUCUUCAGUUGAAGCUCCAUGCAAACAUUCAUAAUAUGCAUUUAGUAAAAAUCUAUUUUGUACAAAAAUGCAAUUUGAAAUUGAUUUUUAUGUGUAGAUUCAAAAUUACUUUUUCUAAGUAUCAGAUAGCAUGUACAUUAUUGUAAUUUUGUAAAUGUAUGUAUUAACAAAAAAUGUUCGUUUUAUUUACAAGAUAUUAUGUAAUAUUUACAAUAUAUAAAAUAUAUGAGUACUAUAACUAUAGCCUUCUUUUUAAAUAGCAUUUAUUUUAUUACCGUUUUACAAAUGACGUUAGCUGUGUUUACUUUCAUUUACGUCCAUAUUAUAGUUAGUUAAAAUAUUUUUAUUAAAUUUAAACUAUCUCAAUUAUAUAAUAUUUGACACAAUGAUAAUUACUAAAGAAAUUAUGAAAUUUUUGCCACUAAGUGUGUGUAGUUUUAUUACCUACCUAUGUAAAUAUAACAGUUAAAAUAUAAUUCUAUUACGCUUUUAUUUUAAAGUGAUUUUUUAAAGUAAAUGUUUUAUUUUGAUGAUUCUUCCGUUUCAGGGUUUGUAUGAAUUUGUAGAAGAAAUUUUGACAUAUGACAGAUAAUGUCGUAAAAGUCUUAGGGUCAGUCGUAUUGUGAUCAUCUGAUAUUAAUCUGAAUUCAGUGCCUGUUAGUUAUAAGUUUAGAUAAUAUAAUUAUUGAGCUUAAAUAUCCGUCCAUUUUUGUGUGGUGCUGUUACUUGUGUUAUAUUAUAAUUAAAUUAAUUAUCAAAUUGAGAUGAAUUUUCCUAAAUAAUUUUAAAAUAUAUCAUUAAUAUUUAAUUGUACCUUUUGUAAUUUGUAAUUUUUUUACAAGUAUGAAUGUAACUCUAAAAGUGUACAGUACUUAUAUUUAAUAAAGUAUUCUUUUUAGUAGAA